ACUUGACUCAAACACGGCAGAAAAGGCUUUAGUGGCUGAGGAGAAGUGAGUGGCUGCCCACCAAACCUAAGCAAACUUUCAAGCUAAUCGAGCCGGGGCUUUUCAAUCUUCCUUGACGGCGGUGGAGCUCGGUACAAGAGAAGAAAAGACAAAAGGACAACGAACGAAACGGCAGCCAAGACUCUGUGCCCCAUCCAAUUUGGAAAGUGGUGGAUUCUCUUCCUCUCUUCCUGUCCUCUCUCUACAUGUGCGAUUUCCCGAUCUAACCCUUGCAUCCUCGUCAUCCUUGCCAUCCUCAUCACCCUCAUCACCCUCAUCACCCUCACCAUUUCGGUGGGUCCUGGGGCAUCUCCUUUUUGAGUGGCCACCAACGUCCUGGCAUUGUCCAUCUCCGCCUUGCUGUUGCUAUUGUUGUGAUCCUGAUCGAGUCCGGGCUCCUGCUGCCAUCCUCAAGUCCAAGUCCAACCACCGCCCAGCCUUCUUGCCCUUGGCGGGUCGUUGUUAUCAUCCUUGGACCACCCGGUGGAAUCAUGUCUCCUGGCCGGACUGCCUCACGCUCCCCUUCGCCCGCUCUCAAACGGCGGAGCCAAUCAGGUCGUUCCAGAAGUCCGCGCAAAGCGUACUCGCGAUCUCCAUCACCUCGUCGACGAUCGCGAUCCCCUCGAUACUCGGGUGGGCGUGACCCGACUGCCUCACGCAUGAGGAGUACUUCGGUGGACCGAGAUCGUCCCAAACCCUCCAAAACUUUGGGCGCCUUUGGAUUAAGUUACCGGACACAAGAAGACCAGCUGGAUAGAACUUUUCGCGAGUUUGGCGACAUUGAAAAAAUUCAUCUGGUAGUCGAUCCGGAGGGCAGAUCUCGAGGAUUCGCUUUCAUUACUUACUUUGCCAUGGAAGAUGCCAGAGACGCCCGCAAAGCAUUAAAUGGCGAGUAUUUGGACGGAAAGAAGAUCCGUGUGGACUUUUCCAUAAGCCGUGGACCUCAUGGAAAAACCCCAGGCCAAUAUAUGGGUCGUCAUGGGCGCCCACGAACUCCUCCUCGUGGACGGGGAGGUGGAGGUGGCGGUGGAAGGCGCCCGUCUCCCGACAAUUACGGGGAGAGGCGUCGUCGAGGAAGGUCCCGUUCGUACUCUCCUCGAAGAUAUUAAGACCCCGGGGGUCAAGUUAUGAGUAAAUGUGUCAAGAACCCCGUACGAAUGCAAAGCUCGACCUCUUUGUUACCUUACUGCUAUCAGAACAACAAGAACAACAACGAACCGAAGCCCACAUGGUAAACAAAAAUAUGAUUAUGGCUCGCCCGCCGCGCGCGCUUUAGCGAGCUUAGUCGACUUUAUUAAAAAGCCACUUGUCCGAAAGUAAGGGUUCAACCCAAUGUACUGUUUGUCAAGCGAAAGAAAGUAUUGAAUAAAACGUCAGGUUCCGUUGGAGAAAAAAA